UGCAAACGUCAGAAAAUUCAAGAAGAUGAUUUAAUCCAAAUAACAAAUUGGGAAAACUUUGAUAAGAUUGCUUUAGAACACUACAGUGAUGCUGAUUUAUUUACUUUAAAAUAUUCCCAAGUAUAUGAAGCGCAGAAUGAUAUUAAAAACUUUCUAAAAGAGCUGGACUAUUCAGAAUUUAUUGGAAUUUAUUAUGACACUCCAAUAUAUUGUAUUACUAGUUUAAUUCUCGGAAUACUAUCAUCUGGACGUUCUUUUGUGUACAUUUCAAAAAACGAAGCUGAUUUUCUAAAAGAAUCACUUGGUUUUCGAUAUAUUUUCCACUUAGAAAGCAACAAAAUCCACGGAGAGCAGAUAAAAGUUUUUGAGCUUCAUCAGCAGCCAAUUAUUCUAUCAAAAACUCCAUCUUUUUUCUCUAAAGAAUUAAAUAAUAAUUCAAAGUUUGCAUACGCUGUGACAACUUCGGGAUCAACUGGACAACCAGUUGUAGUAAGAGUAACUCAUAAAUCUAUAUUAUUAAAUAUACAAGACUUUAAAAAUAUCCUCAAGCUCUCCAGUACUGACAGAGUGGCUCAACUUACGCCUCUAACUUUUGACCCCAGCUACGUUGAAAUAUUUUUGAGUUUAAUAAUCGGAGCAACUCUUUGCACUUUCGCAGAAGAUUUAAAAAAUCAUCCUGAUAUUUUAUUAAAAGUACUUUAUAAUAAGAAGAUAACAUUUAUAUCAACCACUCCAUCUCUCUUUUUGCACCGCUGGAGAUUGAAAGAUCUUGAAGAAACUCUCUUGAGCAAAGAAAGCUGUCUCAAGUUUCUCCUGAUUGGCGGAGAGCCUUUUCCUGAUCUGAAAUUAAUCCGUAAAAUAAAACAUCCAGAAAAUUGUACUAGAAUUUUUAAUGUCUAUGGUAUCACUGAAGUGUCCUGCUGGGCGAGCAUCAACGAGAUUUUCUUCAAUGAAAAUUAUUCUGAAGCUGAUUGUAGUAAUAAUUUAGGUACAGUUUUAACUGAUACUCUUUUUCAAGUCAGAGAAAAAAAUUCCAACGAAAUUGUUAAAGAUGGAGAAGGAAUUCUUUAUAUUGGAAGUUCCAGCAGAGUUUGUUUGCUUGGUAAAGAAAAAUUAUCCGAUCUUAAGCUUCCAGUUUAUAGAAAAACUGGAGACAUAGUCACUGUAAAUAAAAAUAAAGUGACCUUUAAGGGUCGACUGGACAGUUGUGUCAAGAGAUUUGGUACCAAAGUUCACUUUGACAAACUUAAAAAUCAUUUGCAAAAAUUAAAUUUUAUUAAAGAUGUUCAAUUAAUUUUUGACAAUAAUUUAUCUGUAUUAAAUUUAUUUUUUACUUCUGAACUUGAUGAUCAAAAAGACAACUUGGUGGCUAAUGUCUGGUCUCAUGUAAAACUUUUACCUGCUAUUAUGCAUCCAGAUAAAAUUUAUUAUUUAGAAAGCUUUAAAGUUACUGACAGAGGAAAAAUUUGUAAAGAUUACUUGAAAGAUUUCUGUUCAAGACCAAUGUCUGGUAGUGAUGCUGGAAGUUUGCUAGAACAAAUUUGGAGAGAUCAUUUGCCAGGAGAGCAGGAUAAAUUUGGUUUUUUAGAUCUAGGAGGAACAUCAGUGAUAGCUUUACAAAUAUCAAGUAAUUUAUCCAGCGAAUCAGGGAACAAUUAUCCGGAAUUAAUUGGAAUGUUAUUUGACAAUAAAACAUUGCUGGAGUGUAAAGAUUAUCUUUGUAAAAAUUUUAAUAAUGUAAAUACUAGUUCGAAAGUCUUGAAUUUAACCAAACUUAAUUUUACUUCUAAAAAUUAUUUAUUAGAUACAUAUAUCUGGCAAAAAUGUCGGGGUAGAACGGUCAUAAUUAAUCCAGAAUCUUCUGAUUUACUACUUGAUUGUAAAUCAGAUCAUGAAAAUUUGAAGAGUAUUAAGCUUGGGAAUGUUUUUAAUUUAAAUAAAUGCGUGGAUGCUUCUCCAACGAUUUUUGGGUACUCCAAUGACCAAUCAUUUGCAAACGUAAGUUCUCACUCAGGAUUAAUUCUAACAGUAGAUCUUAAAACUAAAGAAAAUUGGAAAAUUCAAUUGCCUAACAGGAUAGAAGGUUCUACUUUGGUGAUAGAUAAUUUCAAGGGAAUUGUUGGCUGUCAUGAUGGAUUUAUUUAUUGCUUGCAUCUCAAGAGUGGUCACAUUUUUUGGUCAUUUAAAACGGGAAAUAUUGUCAAGUGUUUGGCAGCUGUUUGCAGUGAAAAAAUUAAUAUUUUCAUCGGAUCUUAUGACCAUUUUGUCUAUUGCAUUUCUUUGGAGGGUUCUCUGGUUUGGAAGCUAAAACUCGACGGCAGUACUUUGGCGACGCCUUUGGUACACACUGAAACAAACGCAGUUAUUUUUAGUUUAUUGAACUCUAAUUGUAUCUCCGUGGAUCAAAAAAGUGGUAAAGUGAGGUGGAAAUAUCAAUGCAAGAGUUCAAUAUUUUCCACUCCGAAUAUUUUAUCAAAUAAAUUAAUUUUAGCUGAUGUCUGUGGUAAUAUAAGCGGACUUGAUAUAAAUACUGGAAAUGAAUUAUGGAUUUUUAGUAUUUCUGGUAAUAUUUUUUCUGAUAUUGUAAUCUGUACUGAUGCUACAGCAAACAGUUUUAUGUUCACCAGUAAAAAUGGAUUUUUUUACAAGUAUUAUUUUCAUGAAACUCAACACCCGGAAUUGCAUUACAAAGUUGACUUAGGAUCAUCGGUAGUAGCAACUCCGUGGGUGGAAAAAGAUUUUGCUAUUAUUGUAAGAGAAAACGGAGACUUAAGAGUGAUUAAUAUGAAAGACGGAAAAUUUUUGUACAAUUUUAUCCUCAGCGGUGAUUCUUUUUCAUCUCCUGUACUUCACAACAAUUUUAUUGUCGUUGGCUGUCGGGAUGACAAUCUUUACACUCUUUAUCUUCAAGAUUAG